AAGCCAAGACGGGAAACGAGAGUGAAAAAAAAAAGGGUUAAAAAAGGAACAGUUGCCAUCAAGAAGAAAAUAGCAGGGGCGCCCAAGUUUCCAGGCCCGUCAGACUUCCCAAAUUUGAACAAAAAAAAAAAACUGUCCAAGAGCAACUUGGCAAAGUUGGGCGGCAACAAGAAGAAAUCGGAAAACUCGAAGAAAAUCGCGCCAGCAGAAAUCAAUGUCAACGGCAGUGGCAGUGGUACUGUUCAAAGCGGGAAAAAGAACCUUCCAACCAUGGACAUCAACAGCAGCAAUAGGGAAAUCUGCAACAAGCCCAAUAUGAAAACCGUCGACGCGGUGCAGAUGUGCAACGGUGAAAUCAAGACGGCUACUUCAACGAAUAAUAAGGCAGUCGCCGGCAAGACCGAAGUAAUAAAGCUCGCCACCGCAGCCCCAGUAGAAGAGCCAAAGAGAGAGCAGUCCAAUAAGAAAGAGUCUGUUGCGGUCGGUCGAUCGGCAGCUCGACCCGACGAAAAACCCGUGUCGGACGCCAAUAACCCAAAUGACAAGAAGAAGACAAAAAAUAACGAAAAUCGAGGAGAACAACAACAACAACAACAACAACAACCUACCAUAACCAAGCACCAACAUCAGUUAAAUCAUGACCAGCAACUUUUUCAGAACAAUUGUAUCAUAACAGCGACGCCAAAAAUACCGCCAGGCUUCGAGAACGCGUACCGGCAGCAGCCACAACAACAGGUCAGAGCCCCUCCCGGGCUAUCGGCUAAUUGUGGAUCAUCUCCCGCAGCACAGAACCCAAAGGACAAGAAUGCGAGAACAAAUAACGAAAAUCGAGGAGAACAACAACAACAACAACCUACCUCAACCUGGUCCGAAUAUCAGGAAAAUCGCCUCGAGGACCUAGUGACGUAUAGAUUUACCCGAACGGAGACGCUGAAUAUACCGCCGGGCUUCGAGAACGCGUACUGGCAGCAGCCACAACAACAGGUCAGAGCCCCUCCCGGGCUCUCGGGUAAUCGUGGAUCGUCUCCCGCAGCACAGAACCAUCACCGGGUCAAUGCGCCACCCGGUCUGUGGUUGACGAACAGCGGAAGCGACAGCGGAAGCGACAGCGGUAUACCUUACGACUACAUGCUCCCGGUCGGCUCGUCCGACCGGAAAAAAAUGUUCAUCGACAACCUGAUGGCCGCGAUCAUACCUGUCCGUGGCGAACGUUUUGAAACUUACAGAAAUUUCGAAAUGAUGUCAACGCUGUUCCGCAAACGUGUCUUCACCGCGUUCCAUUUUUACGACUUCUGUGUCGAAGUACUGUACCCGCACAAGUUUGAGUCCAUAUUCCAAGAACUCGUGUUGUUGUUGCCCGAAAACGAUUUGCAGCGGAACUUGCUGUUACACUACAAAGCGAACGGCAGACACGAAGUUUACAUAGACGUUUGCGAACAUUGUCACCAAGUGUUCAGCAUUAGUGACUUGGAAUCACACCAGUCCGUUCACAGUUCGACUGAGCACAUUUGAAAUGCAACAGAUCCACCUGUGUUCGUAUACCGCAAAUUCGCAUCGCGGCCGCCGAUCAUGCCUCCCAGAUGUAAUUAUCAAAUCAUUAAAAAUGUAUGUUAACGUUUUUAAGAUGCGUUCGCGCGCGGGUGUGAAAAAUAUCAAAAAUAUUAUUACCUAUGCCAGUGGUUUUCAACCUUUUUAACAAUGUAGGACACUUCAUAUCUCCUACACAAUUUUCGCGACACACAAAUCCAUAUAAUAUGCAAAGAAUAUAUUUUUAUAUUUAAUAUAUAUUAUAUAUAGGUACACAUACACACACACACAUAUAUAUAUAUAUAUAUAUAUACAAAAAUAUACUGUUUACAAUCUACUCUAUUAAAGGGUUAAUUAUUUUGAAAUAUAUCAAUUAUUAAAGUGUUAACGAUUAGCCUGUCGUUAGGUUUGUUAGUUAUCAGUUUUCACCGAAUAUCGAUAAUAAUACAGGUAAAUACAAAAUUGUAAAACCAUUAAUAGAUUUAUCGUAGCAAACUUUAAGGGCGCUCGCGGCACACCGGUUGAAAACCACUGACCUAUACACAAUUAUAUUUUUUUCUUCUUUAUUUUGUAAUUAUUUAUUAUUAUUAUUUGAUUACAUACAAUAUGUAAAGAAUAUUAAUUUCUUAAUAGGGCUAAGUUUAAUGUUAAACACAUUUGAAAACAAUUAUUAACAAUAAUAUAUGUUCUCCAAAGCUCAAUGUGUUUUUAAGUUUAUAACUCGUAAAAUAUAUUAUUUACGUAUUAUUAUUAUUAUUAUUAUUAUUAUUAUUUACCGGCUCUGUUCGAAUAUAUUUACAAUGAGAAAAUAAUAUUUAAAAAAAUUAAGUUCAUCCGCCAUUUAAAAAUUGACAAUUAAAGUGAAAUAUAUUAUAUCAUGCAACGUAUAUCAAAUAUUGUAUGUAUUAUACAAUUACUACACAAUUGUAUAAUAACUGCAGUAAUAAUAAUAAUACUAAUAACAAUAUUUUGCACAGGCAUGUCGUGGUGUUCGAUAGCUUCGGUCGUAUACUAGUAUGUGUAUACUAUAUAUAUGUAGAAGUUAAUCGUUUUUAAUACAAACUACAUAUUUUUUAUAUAAUUAAUAAGUAUAAUAUAUAUUAUUAUUAUUUUUAUUUUUAACCCGUCAUUGGUGACGUUAAUAUUUUUAUAUCAUUAGUGACGUGUUAGCGUUUCGCUCACAUUUAAUUAUUUUUGGAAGGGUGAAAUUGGGAAAAGUGGACUGACUAAUCUAUAAGUAGACAUUACAACGAAUCUAAAUCAGUUUUAAAAACUAUUAUCGCAUUACUAGGUCGAUCAGUAUGAUGGAAGAAAUAUUGGUAUGUUUUGGCUAAAAUAACUGGCCGCCGUCGGACCGCCGAUCCCCAGCGAGCAAAUACUGGUAACCGUCGAAAUUUGAUGGUAAUAAGACGGAAAGUUUAUAUAUAGAUUAGUUAUUUUCCACGUAUUUAUUUCCAUAAGUAACUUGUAUGAGCAUACUAAAAAUAUCGAUAUAAACAAAAUAAUUUGAAGCCAAUGGUUCUCAAAAUAACAGUUAUGUGAGCGAAAUGCUCAUAGCGUCACCAACGACGGGUUAAUAAUAGUGUAAAAAACACAUUGCAUAUUAAUACAUUAUGUAUCUUUUCGGUCGAUCAGACAAUAACAUUAUAC